UCGGUCGCAAUCGUUCGAACAACGCAGACGCAAAGGUCGCGAUCGUCGCGUUUCAUGCAAAGCGCUUUUUUACGUCUUUUCGUGUUUGUGUUUUGUUCGCUAUAAACUGUUUACCGUUGUGCAGUGUAAAACUAUUUACAACACCAUAUUUGUGGGUGUCUAUCACCCCCACCCACUUCUCACACACUUGUUUUGGUUGUGCUUUGUGUACCAUAUUCGUAUGACACGUGCUUCACAUACGGAUUCUCCUACUAUCAGCAUUCAAUAUAAGAAAUAAUUGGGAUUACCUCGACUUUUGUUUAUCAAUACAACGACAACCACAACAGCAAUAAUAACGGCCAUGGCAUUUCAGCGCAGCUACAGCAAAGUCUGGUGGGGCUCCGAUAGCCAACAGAUGGGCAGCAGCAGCAGCAGCUUCACGGGCGGCGGCCUCUACUCUCACUACAAUUACAACAUCAAUCCACAACAACAACAGCAGCUACAGCCCGCAUCUCUGGAGCGUCAUCUGGGCACACACGCUGGCAAUUUGUCCAGCAUCCAGGAGGUGGACGACGAACAGAACAGCUCGAAGCUCUCAUGGCACAAGCAUGACAGUCCUGGCAGUCUGCGCAGUCAGGACUCGGGCUUCUCGGACAACGAGGAGCAGCACAAUAGCCAGACGGCCUCAGCUGCGACAGCUGCCAUGGCGACCACGCCCAGUGCCUCGCCCACAUCGUUACGUUCGAUAGCAACGCCGCCCACUGUCAUACGCCGCGUGGGCAAAUCGUCCUUCUACUCGCCGCUGGUCAGCGUAACGCGUCGCAUAUCCUUCAAGCAGCAACAGGACGAGAAUGAGAAUGGGAACGAGGACAACGAUUUGGAGGCGAGUCGCAGUCGCUUGUUCGAGCAGCUGGAUAGCCUGCAACUGGACGCAAUGGACGAUGUGGAGCAAGAUAAGACAAUGAGUCCAGCGACACCGCCGCGUCCAGCUGUGCGAAGACGCAAGCGACUGAGCAGAAGCAAAUCAAAGGAGCAGGAACUCGAGCAGGAGCAGGAGCAGGAGCAGGAACUGGAGCUGGAGCAGGAGCCGGAGCAAGAACUGGGCGAGUUUAUGUCGCCAGUGACACCACCGCCGCCCUACAACAACGAGACCAUCUAUCUGGGCGAGGCACCGCCGCCCUACAACAACGAAACAGUUACCUUCGGCGCACAGGAGUCGAAUCUCGACGAGACACUCACGCUGAAGGACACCCUCAAAUAUGAGGCGCUCUCUCGCUUCACGGCGAGCACGAGUACGCCCAAAGCAGCACGCAGCAAGGGCAGCAAGCUCAAGCUGCAAGCGGUGCACAGCUGGCGCUCCGAGCAACGCUGGAACUGCGAGCCGGAGGUGAUGUGCAUGCUGCAGCACAAGUCCAUUGCCCAGGAAGCGUACAAGAACUUUACGAUCACCACCAGCGCCGUGGCCAAGCUGAUGCGGCAGCUGCAGCAGCAGGCGCUGAACCUGCAAACGCACUUCGAGCGCUGCGAGCGUGUCCUGAGUGGGCAGCAGGCGACGACACUGCCAGAGGCCCUGGCUGGCGCCACACAGCUGCUGGUGCACCUGGACGAGUUCACCUGUGUGCUGGAGCGUCGCAGCAUUUUCUUCAACGAUGCGCGCGUCGAGCGCCGCCGCUACGAACAGCAUCUCGAGCAAAUACGCACAGUUAGCCGCGACACGCGCUACUCCUUGGAGAGGCAGCACUACAUCAACCUGGAGUCGCUGCUGGACGAUGUGCAGCUGCUGAAGAGGCACACGCUGAUUACCUUGAGACUAAUCUUCGAGCGCCUGGCCCGAAUCUUGGUGCUGAGCAUCGAGCAGAGCCGCUGCGACUUGCUCCUGAGAGCGAACAUCAACAUGAUAGCGACUCUAAUGAACAUCGAUUACGAUGGCUUCGCCUCGCUCUCCGAUGCCUUCGUGCAGAACGAAGCGGUGCGCGCUCUGCUCGUCAUCGUGCUCGAUCACAAGCUGAGCUCGGUGCGCGCCUUGGCUCUGAGGGCUCUGGCCACGCUCUGCUGUGCCCCGCAGGCCAUUGCUCAGUUGGGCAAUUGUGGCGGCAUCGAAAUCGUCAGGGACAUACUCCAAGUGGGCCAGAGCCCGCUGGAACGCGGCGCUAUCGAACGCCGCGAGGCCGUUUCUCUGCUCACCCAGAUCACGGCCAGCUGGCAUGGACCGGAGCAUCGCGUCUCUGGACUGAGAGAUUGCGCCGAGUCCCUAGUUGCGGGCCUGGCCGCUCUGCUCCAACCGGAUUGCUGUGCUCAGACCCUGUUGCUCUGUGCUGCAGCGCUCAACAAUCUCAGCCGAAUGGAGGUCACCUCACACUAUUCCAUCAUGUCCAAUGAGGCCAUCUUCAGGUUAAUUUCGACGCUGGAGCAUCAGAGCAGCGGCAUCAGCGUCUUUCUCUAUGAGCAAAUCGUUGGGAUGCUGCACAACAUGUCGCUGAACAAGAAGUGCCACAGCCACUUGGCCAAUGGCAUCAUCAUAAAUUUCAUCACGUCCGUUUACCAAACGGAAUUCUACAAGUCCUACGACUCACGUGCCGAAUGCGAUGCCCAGCGGCGUAGCAUUAAGGCCAUACUCUAUACGCUGACACGCCUUGUCCAGCACUCGCAUCAGCUGGGCGCCGAGCUGCUGGAGCAGUGGCAUCUACCCGAUCUGCUGCGACAAUCUCUAACGGCAACAACAGCACCAGCAGCACAUGGAACUGGCAGCAGCAGCUCCGCCCAGUUGGAUCAUAGCAACGGUUACAGUGGAGACAUUUCGCAGCUGGCGCGACAAUUGCUGCAAGCGCAUCAGCAGGAGCAGCUGCUCCUUGGUGUGGGUGCAGCGCGAACGGGAGCAGGAGCGUUUAGAAGCAGCCACCAGACGCCCGAGGCUCAAGCCAGGACAACGCUGAAAUUCAAUUUAACACGUCAGGAGAGUUUUGUCUAGCCUUUUUUCACUCUAAAUACCCAUUACAAAUGGCCAAAGCGGGUAGACUCGUUAUGCCCAUGUAUAUAGAACAGGCACUCACACAGAGCUACUAGGCUUAAAGACUAUGUAUAGCUGACUUCUGAAGCCAUGAAGUCUUCAAGCUGAGCUUAGCUCUCACAAAGCUACGACUUUAUUAGCUGAGCAUAACUCGAGAAGUAUAAGAGCUACAAAGCUGGCA